UACAUACAUACAUACAUACCCAUUGAUGACCCAUCUCGUUCGAAUAAAGCAUACAUAUAUGACACACACACUCGCACUCACAGAUUCCAGUUUGAUUUUACCCUCGUGAACGCCGCCCCCCACCUCCUGCAUCUUUUCUUCGACGAUUGGCUUCAAUUUUCAAAGCAUGGCCGCCAAUAAAAUAGCGAAAGGGGUAAUGGAGGAAGUGCAGAAAUGGGGUGCCAUGAAACAAACUGGUGUCAGCCUCCUCUACAUGAUGGAAUUCGGGUCCCGACCCACACCCAGGAACCUUCUCAUUUCUGCUCAGUUCCUCCAUAAGGAGCUCCCUGUUCGGAUCGCCCGCCGUGCUAUUGAGCUCGAUUCGCUUCCCUAUGGCCUCUCCAAUAAACCCGCCGUUUUGAAGGUAAGAGAUUGGUACUUGGAUUCUUUCCGUGACCUUAGAUCAUUUCCAGAUAUUAAGGAUAAAAAUGACGAGUUUGAGUUUACGCAAAUGAUUAAGAUGAUUAAAGUCAGGCACAACAAUGUGGUCCCUACAAUGGCUUUGGGAGUGCAGCAGUUGAAGAAAGAUCUCAAUCCUAAAAUGGAUUACAACGACUUGGAUGAAAUCCAUCAGUUUCUAGAUCGAUUUUAUAUGUCUAGAAUUGGGAUCCGCAUGCUCAUUGGGCAGCACGUGGCCUUGCACGAUCCAAAUCCACCUCCAGAUUGUGUAGGCUACAUACAUACAAAAAUGUCUCCAGUAGAGGUUGCAAGAAGUGCUAGUGAGGAUGCCCGUUCCAUUUGCUUGCGAGAAUAUGGUAGUUCACCAGACAUUAAUAUCUAUGGAGACCCUAAUUUCACAUUCCCGUAUGUGCCUACGCACUUGCAUUUGAUGGUCUUUGAGUUGGUGAAGAAUUCGCUGCGUGCUGUUCAAGAGCGGUUUAUGGAUUCGGACAAGGUUGCGCCUCCUAUCCGCAUAAUAGUUGCUGAUGGACUGGAGGAUGUCACCAUCAAGGUCUCUGAUGAAGGAGGUGGAAUACCGAGAAGCGGUCUCCCCAAAAUUUUUACAUAUCUCUACAGUACUGCAAAGAACCCUUUAGAUGAGCAACCUGAAAUUGAUCUUGAGACAGCAACAACUAUGGCAGGUUAUGGAUAUGGUCUUCCCAUUAGCCGUUUGUAUGCCAAGUACUUUGGCGGAGAUCUCCAGAUUAUUUCCAUGGAAGGAUAUGGGACGGAUGCUUACCUUCAUUUGUCCCGGUUGGGAGAUUCUGAGGAACCUCUGCCUUGAGUGCUGAUCUGGCUAACUAGUGUGAAUACAUGAAUCUCUACAAUUGGUCGACAACGGAAGAAGUUGAUCAUGAUUGUGGGCGUGUCACUGUUAAACAUCAUUAAUCAUUUUGUGAAAAUUGUUGUUGUUAGUUGUUAUGCAUAUUGUUAUAAGGGGCAAAGAAGUAAACCUCUUCAAGAAGUACCUCGGGUGCAUUUAUCAAACUAUUUUUUUUUUCUUCUGUAUAUGUUGAACUUGGAUUUGAUUAUACAAAUGGCUAUAUAUUUUCAUGGGACAGAUUAAAUGCAAUGAUAUGAUCAUUAUCCAA